UUUUUCUUCACCAUCUUUCAAUUCAAAAUCUAAGCAUUAUAUAUGGAAAUGAAGAAGUUCUUAUUAGCCUUUGCUCUGUCACUUACUCUGCUUCUCGGCUUGUCCUGGCAAGCCGAGGGCUUCGACUUCAGCGAGAAGGAUCUCGCGUCGGAGGACAGCCUCUGGGAGCUCUAUGAGAGGUGGAGGAGCCACCACACGGUGACUCGAAGCAUCGACGAAAAACUCAAGAGAUUCAAUGUGUUCAAGGCCAAUGUGAUGCAUGUUCACAACACUAACAAAAUGGACAAGCCUUAUAAGCUUAAGCUUAACAUGUUUGCUGACUUGACCAAUGAUGAAUUUAGGAGCUCCUAUGCCGGAUCAAGGAUUGAUCACCAUAGAAGGUUCCAUGGGACACUAAGAGGGGCAAAAGAAACAUUCAUGUAUGAGAAUGUUAAGGAUGUUCCUGAUUCUGUGGAUUGGAGGCAGAAAGGUGCUGUUACUCCUGUCAAGAAUCAAGGAAAAUGUGGUAGUUGCUGGGCGUUUUCGACCAUUGCAGCGGUCGAAGGAAUCAACCAAAUCAAGACAGGAAAGUUAGUAUCAUUGUCUGAACAAGAACUUGUGGAUUGUGACAAUGCAAUCAAUCAAGGGUGCAAUGGUGGCCUAAUGGUGUAUGCUUUCAAGUACAUCAAGGAAAAGGGUGGCAUAACAACAGAGGAGAACUACCCUUAUAAAGCAGUAAAAGGAUCAUGUGACACAUUAAAGGCUAAUGAUAAAGCCGUGUCGAUCGAUGGCCACGAGACUGUCCCUGCGAACGACGAAGAUGCGUUGCUUAAAGCCGUUGCGAACCAGCCUGUGUCUGUAGCCAUAGAUGCCAUGGGCUAUGAUAUGCAGUUCUACAAAGAGGGAGUAUAUAACGGAACUUGUACCACACAUCUAAACCAUGGUGUGACCGCAGUUGGGUACGGCGUAACCAACGACGGAACCAAGUAUUGGAUUGUUAAGAAUUCAUGGGGAGAUAAAUGGGGAGAACAGGGUUACUUCAGAAUGCAAAGGGGAGUAACUCAGAAGGAAGGACAAUGUGGCAUAAAUAUGUUGGCUUCAUACCCAAUCAAAAACUCCUCUGCUAACCCAACAGGAUCUUCAUCUUUUCCCAUUGAUGAACUUUGAUUUGAAUAACUUUACCCUUUGGAAUUUAAGACCUUUUCAUCAGUUCAUGGUUGUUGUUCUUGUUGUUUUCUUGUGUGUUAGGAAUUUGCCUCAUAGCCACAGGCAUUAAUAAUCAAUUAGGAUUAUAACAUUUUCAUAUGCUGAUGUAACCUUCCAGACAUUGAGGCUUGUGUCACAAGCAAAUAAGAAUUUCAAAUUUGAAAUUUCUAACCUAAGCUGCAAUUAUUCCA